CUUGCGCUCUGGGCUGACGAGGCCGGUGACGUCCGGUGAAGUCCAAGAUGGCGCUAGGCUGAACCUGCUGCCGCGGAGGGGCCAGGGGCAGGCGGGGUCGGAAUCCAGCAGGUGACGGAAGUGCCGCUUACGCCUGCCUGACGUCUCUCGGGAGACCCUGCGCCGCUCCUCGCAGCCGCGGCCAUGUCUGGACCCGGCAACAAACGCGCCGCCGGCGACGGUGGCUCAGGGCCCCCAGAGAAGAAGCUGAGCCGAGAGGAGAAGACCACGACCACGCUUAUAGAGCCCAUUCGUCUUGGGGGCAUCUCUUCCACGGAGGAGAUGGACCUGAAGGUUCUGCAGUUCAAGAACAAGAAACUGGCAGAGCGGUUGGAACAGCGACAGGCUUGUGAAGAUGAACUCCGAGAACGAAUUGAGAAGCUGGAGAAGCGGCAGGCCACAGAUGAUGCCACACUCCUCAUUGUCAAUCGCUACUGGGCCCAGCUGGAUGAAACUGUGGAAGCCCUUCUCCGACACCAUGAGAGCCAGGGGGAGCUGUCUUCAGGGACAGAGGCGCCUGGGACCCAGGAGGGGCCGACACGUGAUGAGACCCCUCUCACAGAGCCAGGGACAUCGGAGCUGAGGGAGCCCCUGCCAGUGCAGCUGCGGCCCCCCCUCAGUGAGCCAGCCUUGGCUUUUGUGGUAGCACUGGGCGCCAGCAGUAGUGAGGAGGUGGAGCUGCAGCUCCAGGGCCGAAUGGAGUUCUCCAAGGCAGCCGUGUCCCGUGUCGUAGAGGCCUCAGACCGCCUACAGCGCCGGGUGGAGGAACUCUGUCAGCGAGUAUACAGCCGAGGGGACAGUGAGCCCCCCGGUGAGGUGGCUCGGGCACGCACCCGGGAGUUGGGUCGUGAGAACCGGCGGCUGCAGGACUUGGCCACUCAGCUACAAGAGAAGCACCAUCGCAUCUCGUUGGAGUACUCUGAGCUCCAGGAUAAAGUGACAUCAGCAGAGACCAAGGUGCUGGAGAUGGAGACGACGGUGGAGGACCUGCAAUGGGACAUUGAGAAGCUGCGCAAGCGUGAGCAGAAGCUCAAUAAGCACCUGGCAGAGGCCUUGGAGCAGGUGGGGCUUGGGUGCUGGGUCAGAUGGAGCCAUGACUGGGUACGUGGAGCCCUCGCUUCUCUCCUCCACCCCCAUCGGUCUGUCUCUCCACAGCUCAACUCUGGCUACUAUGCGUCUGGGAGCUCCUCCGGCUUCCAGGGGGGCCAGAUCACACUCAGCAUGCAGAAAUUUGAGAUGCUGAAUGCAGAGUUGGAGGAAAACCAGGAAUUGGCCAACAGCCGUAUGGCAGAGCUAGAGAAGCUGCAGGCCGAACUUCAGGGGGCUGUGCGGACCAAUGAGCGCCUCAAGGUGGCCCUGCGGAGCCUUCCCGAGGAGGUGGUGAGGGAAACGGGGGAGUACCGAAUGCUGCAGGCCCAGUUCUCGCUGCUCUACAACGAGUCUCUGCAAGUGAAGACCCAGCUGGAUGAGGCCCGGGGGCUGCUGCUGGCUACCAAGAAUUCCCACCUAAGACACAUUGAGCACAUGGAGAGUGAUGAGCUGGGGCUGCAGAAGAAGCUGCGCACAGAGGUUAUCCAGCUGGAGGACACACUGGCCCAGGUACGCAAGGAGUACGAGAUGCUGCGCAUCGAGUUCGAGCAGAACCUGGCGGCCAACGAGCAGGCGGGGCCCAUCAACCGUGAGAUGCGCCACCUGAUCAGCAGCCUCCAAAACCACAACCACCAGCUAAAGGGGGACGCCCAGCGGUACAAGCGGAAGCUGCGGGAAGUGCAGGCAGAGAUUGGCAAGCUCCGGGCCCAGGCCAGCGGCUCAACCCACUCCAUCCCCAACCUGGGCCACCCAGAAGAAUCUGGCCUCAGUGCCCCAGCCCCAGGGAAAGAAGAGGGUGGGCCAGGCCCUGUCACUGCCCCUGACAGCAGAAAGGAGAUGGCUUCAGUGCCUGGCACCACCACUACUACCUCCUUAGCGAAGAAGGAGGAGCUGGUCCCCUCUGAGGAAGAUGCCCAGGCCAUAACUCCUGGGUCCCAGGGCCCCUCCUCCCGGGGCCGAGAACCUGAGGCCAGGCCCAAGCGGGAGCUUCGAGAGCGGGAAGGGCCUGGCCUGGGACCCCCAUCUGUGGCCUCGGCUCUCUCAAGGGCUGAUCGGGAGAAGGCCAAGGUGGAGGAGGCCAAGAGGAAGGAGUCAGAACUCCUCAAAGGUCUCCGAGCAGAGCUCAAGAAGGCCCAGGAGAGCCAGAAGGAGAUGAAGCUGUUGCUGGACAUGUACAAGUCAGCACCCAAGGAACAGCGGGAUAAGGUGCAGCUCAUGGCAGCUGAACGCAAGGCCAAGGCUGAGGUUGAUGAACUACGGAGCCGUAUUCGGGAAUUGGAGGAAAGGGACAGAAGGGAGAGCAAAAAAAUUGCGGAUGAGGACGCCCUGCGGCGCAUUCGCCAGGCGGAGGAGCAGAUCGAGCACCUGCAGCGCAAGUUGGGUGCUACCAAGCAGGAAGAGGAGGCUCUGUUGUCAGAGAUGGAUGUAACCGGUCAGGCUUUUGAAGACAUGCAGGAGCAAAACGGGCGGCUGCUACAGCAGUUACGGGAAAAGGAUGAUGCCAACUUCAAGCUGAUGUCCGAGCGGAUCAAGGCCAACCAGAUACACAAGCUGCUGCGGGAGGAGAAGGAUGAGCUGGGCGAGCAAGUUCUGGGCCUGAAGUCCCAGGUGGAUGCCCAGCUGCUGACCGUGCAGAAGCUGGAGGAGAAAGAGCGGGCCUUGCAGGGCAGCCUUGGGGGUGUGGAAAAGGAGCUGACGCUGCGCAGCCAGGCCCUGGAGCUCAACAAGAGGAAGGCUGUGGAAGCGGCCCAGCUGGCCGAGGAUCUAAAGGUGCAGCUGGAGCACGUGCAGACGCGACUGCGAGAGAUCCAGCCCUGCCUGGCGGAGAGCCGGGCUGCUCGCGAGAAAGAGAGCUUCAACCUCAAGAGAGCUCAGGAGGACAUCUCACGGCUGCGGCGCAAGCUGGAGAAGCAGAGGAAGGUGGAGGUUUAUGCAGAUGCCGAUGAAAUCCUCCAGGAGGAGAUCAAGGAGUACAAGGUGGGGCUGUGGGGCUGUUGUGCCCCGUCCACCCAGGAAAUCUUAGAUCGGGAGUUGGUGAGAGCUGUAGUGGAUAGUCUGGGGACCCCAGAAAUAAGUAGCAAAAAGUGGGCAGAACCUUGGUUGUAGAGAAUCGAACAACUAACCAAGUAUCGUACAUGUACUUGUGCCAGGCACAGUGCCUGGCUGGGUGUGGGAGGGCUAGGAACUAGCCUUAGUCUUAGAUCUCUUGAAACUGACCAUCUGUUAGAGGAGGAAGCCAAGUAAUUCUGAGUGAUGAGCAUUGCGACAGCAGAAGCCAGGGGCGCAUGGCAGCUCUGGGGGCUAGUAGGCUUCCUGGAAGGAAUGUCAUCCAAGGAAAAUUUGAAGAAUGAGGGUUGGCUGUGAGGAAUGAGGAUGAGAGGGUUCCAGCAACGGGUAAGGCAGAGGUAGAGGCCCUUCAUUGAGAGUGGUGUGCUGGAGGAGAGAUUGCUGGACACUGUAGUUGGAAGACAGAAUGUGGGUUUUGUGGGGAGCAGGAAGGUUGGAGGCCUUGGACAGUGUCAGAUCCUGAAGGGUGUGGUGAGGAGAUGUGGGCUUAUCCCGUAGGCAGUGUGGAGACAUCAAAGGGUUUUUUUGUUUUGUUUUGUUUUAAAGAUUUUAUUUAUUUA